CUCGUCGAUUUAAAAUCCGAACGUAAACCCAAAUAUAGUACGAGUGAUACUGCCGUAAAUGGAGAAGAAAAAUUAGGUGAUGUUUCUGGAGCCUCAAGGAGUAGCAAAGAGGGUUCUCCGGUUAAAGAUUUGUCAGAAGAUAAAUCAUCAUCUAAAAAGGAUAAAAAGAAGAAAGGAAUACGGACACCAUCUUUCUUGAAGAAGAAGAAGCACAAGAAAGAAAAAGAAUUGGCUUAACUUUCUAACAAUUUUAUUUGACAACAAAGAUAUACAAACAUACAAAAUGGAACUGGUGAAAAUUGUGUAACCCUUUUAGUUGUUGACAGGAUAAUCACGAGAUUACCGUACGAUUAUUACCUUACGAGUUGUGAUUCACGGCAGCUUUCGGCUUAUUGCACAAUUAAGCUAAUGUUCGAGUGACAAUUGCUAUUAAUUGUUAUGGAGCCCUUCCUAAUUCCCGGUCCUUUGGUGUAACAUAUACACAUCAAUUUCAUCAGCUGUACAACCACUUCCCUCUGCGACACAUUUAUCAAUCAACUCAUGAAUCACAUUUUGAUGAUGUUUAGGUCUCAAAAUAAUCUCUUUUUUCUCCCCAAAUUAUGGUAAUAACUUUAGUUGACAUUUCAACGAUGUUCAUUCGCGUCGGAAUAUAACUUUCAAUUGGACAGCUUACUUUUCAACACGAAUGGUGAUUAAAUUAUCUUCAACGCUCUUGCAAAUCUAUACCAACAAUUUUCCAACAACAAUGUCAAUUGUCUCACCGAAAAUUCUGUACUUUCCGGCAGCAUAAAUAAUGAUCUGCGUAUUUUAUCCGCUAAAAUAAAGUACGGCAGGAUUUUUGGCACCUGUAACUAGCUUCCCCAUUUCAAUGUCUGCAAAUUAAAAUUGAAAUUUUAAAUA